AUGGCGGCCGCCAGUGAGUCAAUUUCGGCAACAACACCGCCCGGAAAAGUAGUCGUUAAGACCGAGCCAGAAGCCGACGAUGACCUGCGCAUAUUCCCGGAGGAGGCGCCGGUCCGGCGGGAGCCCGUCGUCCCGCUCACGGCCCCGGUCAGCGGGCUGCAGCCGCUCGCCUGGUCGCAGGACCACCGGCUGGCCGUGUGCACCACCAGCUCCGUGUCGCUGAUGGAGCUGGUGUGCGACGUGCACAGCAGCAAACAGGAGCUGACGCUGCACCGGACCUCCAUCCCGGUCCCGACCGAGACGAAUACGCUGCGGGUGGGGCCCGCGGCGGAGUUCGCCGAAGCGGCGGAGGCGUUGUCGACCCACUCGGACCCCACGGUGAGACAAGUCUUCAUGGCCGACAAAGUGAUGAACCCGUCGAUCGCGACGCGCAAGGGAGUCAAGUACGCCAGCUGGUCUCCGCUGGGCUGCGACCUGAGCGGCCGAUGUCUGCUCGCCUGCCUCACGCUCGACCACAGGCUCACCGUCCACCACAGCCACAAGCGCCUGGAGUGGAUCGUGCUCGUCGACCUCACGGCGAGGUACGCCGCCCGGCUCGAGGAGCGCGGCUACUCCGGGAAGGACGGCGAGCCGCCGCGCGCCGACCUGCUGGACUUCGACGAGCUGCGGCGGCGCUUCCGCAUGCAGACGCCGCUGCGGAUGGAGUGGUCGAGCGUCUACACCACCAAGCAGGUGCAGCCCAACAACAAGUGCCGAGACGCGGAGAUGGUGCUCCUCGCCGUCCUCAUGGAAAACGGCGACCUCGUCCUGUGGAAGUUCUCGCUGCCCCUCUCGAGCGACGCGGGCGUCUCCUUUUACGACAUCGUGGAGUCGGGCGUGGCGAGGCCCAGCGACCUGGCGUGGUGGGAGUACGAGAGCGCCGACCGGCGGAUGAGCGGCCUGAUCGUCGGCAGCGAGGUGGGGCCCGUCAAGAUCAUGCCGGUCAGCCUGUCGGGCGUGAAGGGCUACUUCACCCUCCGCCACCCGGUCAUCCUCUGGAAGGAGUGCGACGAGAUCGCCGUGGAGAACCUCAAGUGCGUCCCGAUGAUCCACCCCAUCAAGAAGUCCAGCUGCAGCCUCAUCGUGGCGUCGCGCGGCUGCUACGUCUUCUGGUGCCUGCUCAUGAUCUCGCCGGCCGGACUCAACGUGCACAACUCCCACGUGGCGGGGCUGCACUCGCUGCCCGUGGUCUCGCUGGCGAUCAGCCGGCACAGCGUCGCCGUGUACACGUGCUCCGUGGACGGCUGGAUCAAGAGGCUGACGCCGACGUUCACGGAGAGCACGCUGAUCUUCAAGCAGGAGGACAUGCUGCGGCCCGAGAGCCUCUGCGAGAGGCGGAUCCACGGGAUCGCGGUGAGCCACAACGGGGCGUACAUCGCGCUCGCCAGCACGCAAGGAAUGGCCGACGGCUUUCAUCCCAUCGACAGGACUUACCAGGUUCACUUUGUGACCCUGAAGACGGCGGAGGCGGCGGCGGCGCUGCUGCUCAAGUCGCCCACGCAGAACAUGUACAAAGCGGCCGACCUGCUGGAUCUCGUGCGGUGGCAGAUCUUGAAAGCCAAGUGCAUCCCCGCGUCGCUGCUGGACGAGCUCGACCGCAAGAUCCAGGCGGCCGACUCGCCGUACUUGUGGCGCUUCAAGCUCUUCUUGGUGCGGGUACUUUACCAGUCGUUACAGCCGCCGCUCACGGCCCACUGCUGGAAACCGACGGAGGAGAAGGUGGUUAGAAUGGAGGAGGAGGAGGAGGAAGAAGAGGAGGAGGAGGAGGAGGAGGAAGAAGAAGAGGAGGAGGGCGGAAAGGACGACGACGACGACGACGUUGCCGAGACGCCGCCGGGGGGGGAAGGCGAGCGCGGCAAAGUGAAGCAGGAGAUUGUGGAAGAGCAGAUGGAGGAGGUGCAGGCGUGGAUCAACGCGGUGGAGAGCCACAUGAUGAGAGAGAACAUGAAGAAGGUGCUGGGGGUGGUGUACCUCAACACCUGCAUCGCCCAGAACACCAGCAUCCCCACCUGUGGCCUGGUGGACUUCCUCUCCAGAGACAGUAACGACAGGGCGUCGGAGGUCCUGAUUGGCCACAUCAGGAACAAGCUGAACAAGCAGACGUUCUCCGAGCGCUGCAGCCUGUGUCAGGCCGUGCUGCCCUUCUCCGACCACAAACAGGCCGUCUGUAAAAACGGUCACAUGUGGCUCAGGUGUGUGUUGUCAUACCAGGCCUGCCAGACGCUGACGUUCAGACGUUGCCUCCUGCUGGAUACCAUCGCCAGGCUGCCAGAGCCUGAGGAUCCCGAGUGGAUAAGGAAGAUACUGCAGGCGCCGUGCACGCUGUGCGACUCGCCCAUGAUCUAGAGCCGGCCGGCGGAAGGAACCUCGGGGCCUCCCCGCGGCCCCCGGAGCCUCCGGAGCCUCCCGCUCCGACGCAGCAGGGUCAACUUGUCAGACAUCGCUGUUCAGACUUUAUUUUAUUUCAUGUUUUAUGUCUUUUUUUUUUAUACUGUCAUCUUAAAAGUUCCAAUAAAAGGCGUUUUAUUAUG